AUGGAGCGCGAGGAGGAAGAGGAGGAGGAGGACGUGGACUCGGACGACGAGGAGGAGACGCAGAUCCCCAUCGAGGACCAGGUCAUGACCCAGGAGCUGCCACAGACGGAGCGAGACACGAGCCCUCCCCCGCCCAUACAGAGACGCUCUCCGCCCACGUCGCCGCCGCUGCCGAUGGCCGAGGCGCUGGCUGGUUCCCCCACGGGACCCCCAGCGCCGGCAGUUGCUGCUGCUGCUGCUGCUGCUGCUUCGGCGGCCGGUAUGUCGCCGUUCGCUGACGUUGAGUCCACCACGCCGCAGUCCAAUGAGGACGAGGACUCGCGCUCCGAGACGUCGUCGGAGGUGAGUCAGGGCUCUGCUGGACACGCGCCCAGACGCAGAGGCGCCAGGAAGCGCGUGUCAACCGCGUGCUCGGACCACCGGGAUCUGUCCGAGAGGCUCAAGAAGGCUGUGGUGUGCGACGCGGAGGGCGAGGAGAGCUUCGGGUCGUCCAUGAUCGGAGCGGAUGUGGUGCUGUGUGUCAGACCCAGCGAGAACAGGCGAGAGGUCAAUGGGAACGGCAAGACGGAGAGCAAUGGCAGCAGAGCGGGAGGGGUCCGAAGAUUCCACGCGCACAGAUUCAUCUUGGCUGCGAGUUCACCGCCGUUCCGUGCCAUGCUAACCGGAAACAUGCGCGAGUCGUCGCGACGGGACGUGGAGCUGCACGAUAUUGAGCCCACGAUUGUGGAGAAGAUGCUGCUCUUCAUGUACACGGGCCACGUCGUGCUGGACCUCGAGAGUGUGCUGGGGCUGCUGAUUGCGGCCGAGAUGUACGAGUUGGUGGCGCUGAGAGAAAUGUGCAAGGGGUUCGUGCUCAAGUACGCGCAUGAGGUGUUUUGCGACCCGCAGAUUGUUCAGCUGCCGGAGAAGAUUUUGCUGGAGCUGAUUCCGCAGGACGAGUUGCAGAUUCGGGAGCUGGCGCUAAUGGAAGCGCUCGUCAUGUGGGGCGAGUCUCGAGUUGCGAACGCUGACAAGCCGCUUGGAGAUUUAUUGGCGGAGAUGAUGGAGUUUGUGCGCUUCCCGACCAUGAGUGUCAGCGAUUUGUACGGUAAAGUUCGUCCGCUGGUAAAUGACGGCGUUAUCCGGGAGCACCUCCUCACCGAGGCACUUUUCAACCACCUCAAGUGGGGGUCGCAGACUGGAAUUGCAGCGAAGAGAGCCAAGCCGCGCGCACUUACCGCGUCGUUGCGCAAGCGCAAGCGAGUUUCAUUUACCCAGCACGUCACGUUCGAGGGAACAGCUCAAUAA